UGCUUCUUGAUUUUUUGGAAAUGAACAAAAGUAAAUAUCCAUUGUGUUAUGCAGUACCUGCAAGAGUGCACCAGUGUGCAUGAUGCCUGUGGUUUAUGCACAUGAUGUGACCUCACCCUGCACCCACAGCUGUGACAAACUGGAAGAUAUCAUUGCACAUACAAUUCAGGACCAAGCUGCCUCCACAGCACAAGUGAAAUCCUAUUCUGGUAUUCUGCAGGUAUUGUUUGCUGCUGGGUAUCUAGGAGUGUUUAUUCAGCAGCAUUCAGAGGACUAUGCCCCAGGGUAUGAUACCCUUCUAAACCCAUGUGGAUGUGAAGAGCAGGAUGACCUGCCAGUCUUACAUGUCAUGUGGGUUAAAGUAGGAUCCACUGGGGCCAUGAACCACUUCAUUCCUCUUGUACCACGUCGUGCUCGGUCAAGACACAAGGCACAUAAGGGCAAGAGGUUCAAUCUUGAAGGUGUUGUGGAGAACUUCUGUUCUGCAUGCUUAGGGCCCUUAAAUAUGUGUCAAGCAGAUGUGUUCCACCUAGACACUUGGGUUGAAUGGGAUGUGUGUCAUGGGUGGUAUCACUGCCUAUGCACAGGCCUAUCCCAUGCAGCAGCAGAAAAGAUGAAAUAUCAGUGCUGUUCCUUGAAUUGCUCUACCAGUAUUGCCAAGCUUGAGGGGUGUACAAUAUCUGUUGGAGACAUCAAUAGAGUAAGGAACGGGGAAGACCGUUCUGGUGAUGCCAUUGACUUCUUCAUGAGACACUUGAUGAGCAAUGACAAACACCCAAAUGCCUUCAUCUGUCCAUAUUUUGUAGGCCAACUCUUCCAGGCAAACAGCUGGCUCCAUAUUCUCCAAGAUGAGGAAGCAAUUCCUUGGAUAGGAAAACAUCUACAUGCCAUUGGGAUUUCCCCAGUCAACCUACAACAUGUUGCCCUUAUAUUAACUCCUGUUUGUACAUUGUAAGUAUUAUAUGCUCAAACUACCCUCUGUACUUGGAAUAUGUGUGCAUUUUAAAAUUCCAGUGUUUCUGUUUCAGCCAACAUUAGUUUGUUCUGUAGUAGUCUGCUUAUCCAGUAACUCUUGUCAUACCUUGCUCCUGUUCAAUCUGGCCUUCUGCUUGUAAUUUGUUAAUGCUAUUUGACGGAUAAAUCUUUUAUUUACGAAUACAUGUACCUUAUUUAUUUAUGUUCAGAAACUAUCCUUGAAUAACUUCAUGUCUCUUGUUGCACUGAGUUGUCUUCUUUCUGCGUAUUGAACAUUACAUUUUUAGUUUUUUAAUUUUGUUUUUGUCCAAGAAAUCAUUGGAUUAGUCUGGUAGUUGAGGAGAAAGCCAAGAUGUGAGUUUUCGCGUGUUUUGUUUUACUUUUUGGCUAUCCAAAAAUUUCAUUGAAGCACAUUCUGGCUUACUUUCAUAUUCCACAAUAAAACUUAGUGCAAAAUCAAUUUCCUUUAAAAAUGAAUAGAUAGGUAAAAGUAACAACAUGUAAUUUUAAUAAAUCAAUAUUUUUUUC